ACGCGGGGCUUUAUAGCGCGCUCGGGUGCGGCUGUGACCUCUGAGCCCGCGGGUAUCCGCGCGCAGCUGCUACCCGACCCCCCGCCCCCUCUGCCUCGCUGUCUCCGCACCAUGGAGUCGAUGGCUUUACCCUGGCGCGCGGGCCAGGCUCCCUCCGCCUCCGCCCUGGCCGCGGAGCGCUCCCGGCCACUGGCGGACGGGCUCAUCAAGUCACCCAAACCCCUGAUGAAGAAGCAGGCGGUGAAGCGGCACCAUCACAAGCACAACCUGCGGCACCGCUACGAGUUCCUAGAGACCCUGGGCAAGGGCACCUACGGGAAGGUGAAGAAGGCACGAGAGAGCUCGGGACGCUUGGUGGCCAUCAAGUCAAUCCGGAAAGACAAAAUCAAAGAUGAGCAGGACCUGUUGCAUAUAAGGAGGGAGAUUGAGAUCAUGUCAUCACUCAACCAUCCCCACAUCAUUGCUAUCCAUGAAGUGUUUGAGAAUAGCAGCAAGAUCGUGAUUGUCAUGGAGUAUGCCAGCCGAGGCGACCUCUAUGAUUACAUCAGUGAGCGGCCACGGCUGAGUGAGCGCGACGCCCGGCAUUUCUUCCGACAGAUCGUCUCUGCUCUGCACUACUGCCACCAGAACGGGAUCGUUCACCGUGAUCUCAAGCUGGAGAACAUCCUUCUAGACGCCAAUGGAAAUAUCAAGAUCGCUGAUUUUGGCCUCUCCAACCUGUACCACAAAGGCAAGUUCCUCCAGACAUUCUGUGGAAGCCCUCUCUACGCCUCGCCUGAGAUCGUCAACGGGAAACCCUACGUGGGCCCCGAGGUGGACAGCUGGUCUCUGGGCGUUCUCCUCUACAUCCUGGUGCAUGGCACCAUGCCCUUUGACGGGCAGGAUCAUAAGACCCUGGUGAAGCAAAUCAGCAGUGGGGCUUACCGUGAGCCACCCAAGCCAUCUGAUGCCUGCGGUCUGAUCCGCUGGCUGUUGAUGGUGAAUCCCACCCGCAGGGCCACACUGGAGGACGUAGCCAGUCACUGGUGGGUCAACUGGGGCUACGCCACCAGAAUUGGGGAACAGGAAGCUCUGCGUGAGGGCGGACACCCUGGUGGUGACUCUGGCCGGGCCUCUAUGGCUGACUGGCUACGCCGUUCCUCCCGCCCCCUCCUGGAGAACGGAGCCAAGGUGUGCAGCUUCUUCAAGCAGCACGUGCCGGGAGGUGGGAGCGCCGCACCUGGGCUGGAACGGCAACAUUCUCUUAAGAAGUCCCGGAAGGAGAAUGACAUGGCUCAGACUCUGCAGGGUGACCCAGCGGAGGAUACCUCCCCUCGCCCUGGCAAGAACAGCCUCAAGCUUCCAAAAGGCAUUCUCAAGAAAAAAGCCUCGACCUCCUCAGGGAUGGGACAGGAGGACCCUCAGGAAGCCAGUCCAGUGCCUGAUACCCCAGGGCAGCCUGUCCCUUCUGUAUCCCUGCUCCCGAGGAAGGGCAUCCUCAAGAAGUCGAGGCAGCGUGAGUCUGGUUACUAUUCCUCUCCAGAGCCCAGUGAGUCUGGGGAACUCUUGGACUCUGGUGAUGUGUUUGUGAGUGGGGACCCCGUGGAGCAGAAGUCUCCACAAGUUUCGGGGCUUCUCCACCACCACCGGAAGGGCAUUCUCAAACUCAAUGGCAAGUUCUCGCGCACCGCCCUCGAAGGCACCACCCCUAGCACCUUUGGCUCCUUGGACCAACUGGCCUCCCCUCAUCCUGCAGCCCGGGCCAGCCGCCCCUCAGGGGCUGUGAGUGAGGACAGCAUCCUGUCCUCGGAGUCCUUUGACCAGUUGGACUUACCCGAGCGGCUUCCGGAAACCCCACUGAGGGGCUGUGUGUCUGUGGACAACCUGAGGAGGCUUGAGCAGCCGCCCUCAGAAGGCCUGAGGCGAUGGUGGCAGGAGCCUCUGGGGGACAGCUGCUUUUCUCUGACAGACUGCCAAGAGGUGACAGCAGCCUACAGGCAAGCCCUGGGAAUCUGCUCAAAGCUCAGCUGAGGAGGA